GUCCGGCAUUUUGUUCUACUGCUUUCAUCGAAACUCAUCAGAGAGAUCGUGUUCAUUUUCUGGUAAAAUCUGUUGCUUCACAUAAGUGCGAAAAGCUGUGCGUGGUUAUCAGCAGUUUUGAAUGCAUAAAUAUUUACAAAAAGUGUUUAAUAAUUUCAUUUUAUUGUGACAUUAUAAGAUAAAACUAAUUGUGUACAACUUUAAAAAAUGGCGGCUAAUGGUAGCAAUGGUAAUAAUGAUAACAACGAAAGUAUACCUGCAAUACCGCCACCAUCGGUUAGAUUAGACAUUGCCGACCGCAUGAAACGCUGGCAUGGAAAGGUUGCAGUUGUGACAGGCGCCAGUGGAGCAAUUGGUGGUGCUAUUGCAAUUGAACUAGUCAAAUCAGGAAUGAUCGUGUGUGCGCUGUCCAGACGACGUGACAAAGUAGAAAAGUUACGCGUUAGCCUCUUUGACGUAGCUGGUUCCUUGAAUUACGUUGAGUGUGAUAUUACUGUGGAAGACGACAUCAAAUAUGCAUUCGGGUGGAUUGAAAACACAUACGGUGGAGUAGAUAUGCUAGUUAACAACGCAGGCAUUAUAACGAAAUGUUUGCUAACAGAGAAGAAUAAUACAAGAGACCUAUACAAGACAAUGGAAACGAAUAUCAUCGGUUUAUCUUUGUGCACUCGGGAAGCUGUUAAAUCAAUGAAAGCACGUGAUGUAAAGGGCCACAUCAUAAACGUAAACAGCAUAUUUGGACAUAAAGUACAUCAAGCCGUUCCAGGAACGCGACCAUUGAAUGGAAUGUACCCAGCAUCAAAGUACGCAGUCACUGCAAUUACCGAGUGUAUUAGACAGGAACUUGUCUAUUUAGGCACGGGCUGUAAAGUUACGUUGGUUGUUGAAGCAGUCGCUCACUGAAGAAGUUGCUGGAAUCCAUUGCUGUUGAACGCAAACCGGGUGCGUGAGCUCUUCAUUUUUCGACUACCAUCGAACAACAACAGAGGAAGGAGCUUCUUAAGCCAAAAUAGCAGCACGUUACCAGUAUCUCCAGCAUCACCAGUUGUAUAAAUAUGGCAGUACACAUAUUUUUGUUUAAAAUGAUAAAUUUUGAUGAUUUCUGAAAUAAAAUAUUUAUAUUUUGUCGGGAAAGCAACAGCAACAACUCUGUUGUUGUGUUGUAUCGGUCAAACAAUCUGAGAUUGGUGCCUUUCCGUGACAAAAAGCUGACGGAAAGCAGUUUGACAGUUUUACAGGAUUUCCGUUUGUGUUUCAUAAUACAUAUCUUGGCAGUGUGCUUGUGAGUUUGUUUUUCGUUAAAUUUUAUUUUUUUAUUAAACACACAUCACAAACGGAUGUCAUAAUACAAAUCUUCUGAUUUUAACUACUAGUUUUUACAAUUUGUGUUUAAUAAUCGGGCCUAUUAAAUCAAUCAAUUACUCAAUAUAAUAUAAAUACAAUUAUCGCAUCUCUAAGAAAACAAUCGAGCUAUAAGCAGUCCAGUUACUUUGUUACUUUUGACUUAAGAAACUUCAGUUUUUAUUCGGCUUUACCGUAAUGCUUAGCAAAAACUUCAUCGUCACAAUAAACAACAAUCUGAAUCAGUACCUUAUUAAAUACUGUUCUUUUUUUCUAU